AUGGGUUCCACCGGCGCUCUCACACCAAGCUUCGAUGAGCUGAGGAGCUCUCUCAAAGCGUCGGUCGUUUUCACACCCGAUUCUGAAGGCUAUCAGGAAUCACUGCAUCGAUGGUCUGAGGCCGCUGAGAAAAGAGCCGCCGUGGUAGUACAGGUGACCACUGCCGAAGAUGCGUCCACGGCGGUGCUGUCUGCACAAGCCAACGGGCUGGAGAUCGCCGUUGUCGGCGGCGGCCACUCGACAUCAGGAUCGUCCUCAACGGAGGGCGGCCUCGUAGUCGACCUCACUAAGAUGCGUCAAGUCACCGUCGACGUGGAAAAGAAGACUAUUAAGGCUGGCGGCGGCUGCAUCUGGGAGGACGUUGACCACGCCGCCGCCGAGUACGGCCUAGCCACUGUCGGUGGUACAGUCAAUCACACUGGCGUGGGCGGUUUGACCUUAGGCGGCGGCUAUGGCUGGCUGACAGGCAAGUAUGGCCUAACAAUUGACAAUUUACUGGAGGUCGAAGUUGUGACUGCAGACGGACAAAUUCUGACAGCGUCGGAGACCGAGAACCCUGAUCUGUUCUGGGCUUUAAGAGGCGCCGGGCAAAGUUUUGGUGUAGCAACAAGCUUCACAUUUCAAGGAUACAAGCAAAGCAACCCAGUCUGGGGUGGGUUGCUGGUGUUCAAGACGUCAGAUCUCGACAAGGUCUUGAAUUUUGCCAAUAAGCUCGUUAUCAACACUAAAGGCGAGAGCGGUAUGGUGGUCGGUUUCGGCGCCCCAGCUCCAAAACGUAAAGCGGCCGUGCUGACUAUCCUAUUCUACGAUGGACCCAAGUCCGAGGCUCUGAGGUACUACGCUGAUCUAUUCGCGCUGGGCCCGAUCAAAGACUUGACCUCAGAGAUCCCGUACAAGGAAGUCAACUCCAUGCUGAACAGAGUCUCGACACACGGAGAUCGCAAGACUCAGAAAGGCUCUGCUUUCACUGUGCCCCUGCCGGAGCACCUAGGCCAGCUUAUCCUCGACGAUUAUCUCAAGUUUAUGGCUGAAAUCCCUGACGCCAUCAAGACCAUCAUCCUCUUCGAGUUCUUCUCACAGCGCAAGGUCAACGAGGUGUCUCAGACGGCCAUGUCCUUUGCCAACCGCGGCGAACACUACAACAUUCUCUUCAGUACGAGAUGGGUCGGUGCUCAGAAUGACAAGACUUGCCGAGAGUGGACGCGAAAUAUGGCCAGCAAGGUGGACAAGGAGCUGGCGAAACACAAGAAUAAUGACGGUGUGGGCCAAUAUGGUAACUAUGAUGGCAUUGCGUCGGCAUCGGCAAAGGAUAUCUUUGGUGUCAAUUACGAAAGGGUGCUCGCACUGAAGAAACAGUACGAUCCCAACAAUGUCUUCAAGAAGGGAGCCGGGAAGUUUCCUAUCGAGUAG